GGAUUGAAAGUUUUGCGGUUCUUGGACCCACGAAGAAUCGGUUGUUUGCCAAUUGAGACACGGUUCUCGAGUGAUUUGUUUUCUUGAGCGAAAAAGACAGAAGCGAGUUCGCUGGAAUUCGAAGCAGUAGUGCUAUUUCUUUCGAGCUUUUGGAAGUUCCCAAAUCUCAGCCAUAUAAAGGAUAGCGAAGAACAGGUUACUACAGAGAGCACGGAGGUGCCGCGAAUUACAUAAGGACGGCUUCUCCAUUGACUGCAGCUCGAAUAGGGUGGAAAUCGCGGGUCGUAUCCCCCUCUCCGGAGGUUUCUUGGAACAGUCAGAAAAGAAACAUAAUAAUCGUAUACACGCUAGGCUAGGCCAGACCACGAAGAGUGACCGAAAGGAGUUCAAGUAGAGCAAAAGUGUGUUAAUUAGAUGUUCUCGCCUUCCAUAAAAGUUCUCCAGUGGCUAUUUCAGUUGAGAUUGUGCACGAGAAAGGUCGUGGUUGCGCGUUGGCUCCGCGGCCCUCUCUAAGAAGGAGCAAAAAAUUGAAGAAAAACCCCGUUUUGCAAUCAGUAGCCUAGCGAAAAAGAAUUGAUUUUUCUGUAAAAAAGUUCAUGUAAAUAGUUUUGUAGAUAAUUUGUGAAAAAGUGCCCGUAGUGAAUUGUAGUUUUAUUACACAAAACCCGUGUGUAGCUAGCGCAAGAAGUAAUGUAGGUUCCAACCUCGAACAGAUUUCGUCAAGGAUAUUACGAUAAGCAUCGAUUUUUUCGGAGUCGGAUUGAGUUUGUGGCUACCUUGGUAGAAAGCUUGUGACUUGUGAGUUUUAGAACGUAGGAGUGCGUACUGGAACCGUUCGUACGAAGACAUCUCGGAUAAUCUAAAGUUUUUGAGUUAUUUGAACCAGUGAAAAGGGUUUGCAAUGUUGAAACUAUGGAAGCAAUGGAUUUGUGUUCCUCGUUAUGGUAGAAAGUGAGCUAACUGGAAGCUUUCCUCAGAAUAGUGAUCAGAGUUACUUUUCGAUCCAAUAUGGUGUUUGUAGGAGAUAAGAAGCCUGUGUCCUAAAAUCGAAAGUAGUUCGAAUUCAUUAUCCAAGUGAACAAACAUGGAUAAGUCGAAGAAACCACCGACAACAGUUGGCGGUGGAGCAGCUGGUGGAGCCCCAGGACCUGGAGGAGGAAAAAAAGGUGGACCUGGAGCAGGAGCAAGUGGCGGCGGCAAAGGACCGCCCAAAAAGCCCAGUGAUAGUGACGCACCGGGAGCCGGCGCUAAGGCGGAAGGAGAUCCCAGUGGACCGGGUGCCACCAAGGAUGAAACUUCCGCUGCGGCAAACGGCGACAAAAAAUCGGAUAAGGCUGACACUGAGCAACCAUCGCAGCCGAAGCCUGGCAGUGCUGGAGCGACGGUCCGCGACGGUGCCCAGAAAGUUCUUACCCUGGCCAUGAAGAGCGAAUGGGCUCCCGUUGAAGCUGUGCUGAAAGGCUUGGAGAAGGCGGUAGCCGCCGGCGGAGAGGACGCCAACACAACCCCGCUAGCCGGGGUCAUGGAUCCGGCCACCGGAAUGACACCGCUAAUGUAUGCCGUAAAGGACAACCGGACAUCAAUCUUAGAUAGGCUUAUAGAACUUGGAUCGGACGUCGGGGCGAGGAAUAAUGACAAUUACAAUGUGAUACAUAUUGCUUCCAUGUACUCUAGAGAAGAUGUAGUUAAAUUACUUUUAAAUAAGCGUGGCAUCGACCCAUACUCCACGGGAGGGUCACGGCAACAAACGGCUGUUCAUUUGGUAGCUAGUAGACAAACCGGCACUGCAACCGCUAUUUUACGGGCACUUUUAGCUGCGGCCGGUAAGGAUAUCCGAACAAAGACUGACGGUAAAGGCAAAAUACCGCUCCUGCUUGCUGUCGAGGCUGGUAACCAGUCUAUGUGCAGGGAGUUACUAUCGGCACAAACGGCGGAUCAACUGAAGGCCACUACCAACAAUGGCGAUACGGCAUUGCACCUGGCCGCCCGGCGGAAAGACGUCGAGAUGGCCCGGAUCCUUUUGGAUUACGGUGCCAAUGUGGAUCUUCAGAACGGCGAUGGUCAAACGGCACUCCAUAUAGCGGCGGCCGAAGGCGACGAGUCGAUGGUCAAGUACUUCUUUUCAGUUCGUGCUUCUGCGGGAAUCAUAGAUAAUCAAGAUCGCACGCCGAUGCAUCUCGCAGCGGAGAACGGUCACGCGUCAAUCAUCGAAAUCCUGGCGGACAAGUUCCGGGCCAGUAUCUACGAGCGCACAAAGGACGGAAGUACGUUGAUGCACAUCGCCUCGUUGAACGGUCACGCUGAGUGCGCAACGACGCUGUUCAAGAAGGGUGUCUACCUGCACAUGCCGAACAAAGGCGGCGCGCGGAGCAUUCACACCGCAGCCAAGUACGGGCACGUGGGCAUCAUCAGCACCCUGCUGAACAAGGGCGAAAAGGUCGACGUGCCCACGAAUGACAACUACACUGCCCUCCAUAUCGCAGUUCAGUCGGCCAAGCCGGCAGUGGUGGAGACGCUGUUGGGGUUUGGUGCCGAAGUGCACGUUCGAGGUGGAAAGCUAAGGGAGACGCCUCUGCACAUUGCUGCCCGAGUGGCGGAUGGGGACCGAUGCGCGCUUAUGUUGCUGAAGUCUGGAGCAGGUGCCAACAAAACGACUGACGAUGGGCAGACGCCUGUCCACGUGGCUGCCAAGUACGGGAAUGUGCAAACCUUGGAUCUGCUGCUGGAGGAUAACGGUGAUCCACUGAUAAAGUCGAAUGUUGGCGAGACUCCACUUCACUUGGGCGCGCGAAACUGUCAUCCAGCUAUUGUUAGGCACCUGAUAGACUUUGUGUUACAGAAACAUGGGAAGGAAGUGUUGAAGAGCUACUUAAACUUCACAAACGAGGACGGAGCGACGGCAUUGCACUACGCCUGUCAGGUGACGAAAGACGAGGUGAAGUCUGGAACGGGCGAUCGGGAAAUCGUGAAGAUGCUGCUUGAGAAUGGGGCCGACGUAUCGCUGGCGACCAAGGCCACCCAAGAGACAUGUUUUCACGCGGUUUCCGUAGCUGGUAACAACGAUGUUCUUUCAGAAAUGAUUAACCACCUUUCGACUACGGAUAUCCAGAAAGCGAUGAAUCGGCAGUCAUCGGUCGGUUGGACACCGCUGUUGAUCGCGUGUAAUCGAGGUCACAUGGAUUUGGUGAAUACGCUGUUAGCCAACCAUGCGAGGGUGGAUGUGUUCGAUAACGAAGGCCGAUCGGCACUUCACUUGGCGGCCGAACAUGGCUACCUACAAGUCUGUGAUGCACUCAUUACCAAUAAGGCGUUUAUUAAUUCUAAGUCACGAGUCGGUCGAACGGCUCUCCAUCUGGCCGCUAUGAACGGGUACACGGAAUUAGUCAAGUUUUUGAUCCGAGAUCACAACGCUGUGGUAGAUAUUUUAACCCUGAGGAAACAGACUCCCCUACAUCUAGCCGCAGCCAGUGGGCAGAUGAAUGUAUGUAAGCUACUUCUAGAACUAGGUGCCAAUAUCGAUGCGACGGACGACGUUGGCCAGAAACCAAUCCACGUAGCAGCACAAAACAAUUACUCCGAAGUUGCCAAAUUAUUUCUCCAGCAGCAUCCAAACCUUGUCAUGGCCACGAGCAAAGAUGGCAACACUUGUGCUCAUAUAGCUGCCAUGCAAGGUUCGGUGAAGGUGAUAGAGGAACUGAUGAAAUUCGAUCGGAAUGGUGUAAUUUCUACCAGGAACAAGCUAACUGACUCGACCCCAUUGCAACUAGCUGCGGAAGGCGGUCAUGCGGACGUCGUCAAGGUCCUUGUUCGAGCAGGGGCUUCCUGUACCGACGAAAACAAGUCCGGUUUCACCGCUGUCCAUAUGGCGGCAAAAAACGGGCACGGCCAGGUGCUCGAGGUUAUGCGGAGCACUAAUUCGCUAAGGGUGUCCAGUAAAAAAUUGGGUUUAACGCCGCUGCACGUAGCUGCCUAUUACGGUCAAGCGGACACCGUGAGGGAGCUACUCAUCAACGUACCCGCAACGGUUAAAUCUGAUUCUCCAUCUGGCACAUCAUUAGUACCUGAAUUAGGGAACGAAUCCGGGCUGACUCCGCUGCAUCUGGCAGCGUAUUCCGGCAACGAAAACGUUGUUCGACUGCUACUCAACUCCGCUGGUGUUCAAGUCGAUGCUGCGACUACGGAAAAUGGUUACAAUCCCCUGCAUUUAGCGUGCUUUGGUGGGCACGUACCGAUCGUGGGCCUUCUGCUGAGCAGAUCGGCCGAGCUUCUGCAUAGUGUGGACCGGCACGGGAAGACCGGUCUGCACAUAGCGGCUAUGCACGGACACUACCAGAUGGUGGAGGUCCUGCUGGGUCAAGGUUCGGAGAUCAACGCCUCCGACAAGAACGGCUGGACUCCUCUGCACUGCACUGCCAAAGCCGGUCAUCUGGAUGUCGUGAAGCUGCUGGUGGAAGCCGGCGGAUCACCCAAAUCCGAAACCAAUUACGGCUGCGCUCCGAUUUGGUUCGCCGCUUCGGAGGGCCACAACGACGUGCUCAAGUAUCUGAUGCACAAGGAGCACGACACCUACGCACUGAUGGAGGACAAACGAUUCGUAUACAACCUGAUGAUCGUCUCCAAGAAUCAUAACAAUAAGCCGAUCGAGGAGUUUGUCCUGGUUUCCCCUGCACCCGUUGAUACUGCCGCAAAGUUGUCAAAUAUUUUUAUAGUUUUAUCGACUAAGGAAAAGGAACGAGCCAAAGAUCUGAUCGCCGCCGGGAAACAGUGCGAAACGAUGGCUACCGAGCUGCUGGCGCUGGCCGCCGGUGCAGACUCGGCAGGUCGUAUUCUAACUGCCACCGAUCGACGCAACAUGGAGUUUCUGGACGUGCUGAUCGAGAACGAGCAGAAGGAGGUGAUCGCUCACACGGUGGUGCAAAGAUAUCUGCAGGAACUCUGGCGAGGCACGCUCAACUGGACGGCGUGGCGAAUAAUGUUGCUGUUUGUCGGCUUCAUCGUGUGCCCCCCGGUGUGGAUCAUCUUCACGUUGCCGCUGGGGCACAACUAUUACAAGGUGCCCAUCAUCAAGUUCAUGUCCUAUCUCACAUCGCACAUCUACCUGAUGAUCCAUCUGAUGAUUGUGGGCAUAACGCCCAUCUAUCCGGUAGUGCGAGCCAGUCUCCUGCCCUACUGGUACGAGUGGGGCCUGCUGAUCUGGCUCAGCGGUUUGCUGUUGUUCGAACUGACCAAUCCAAGCGACAAAUCCGGUCUCGGAAGUAUCAAGGUACUGGUGCUGCUAUUUGGGAUCAUCGGGGUCGGGGUGCACGUGUCCGGUAUGCUGUAUGUGCAGAAAACCUAUUGGCCAACGUUGCUGUAUUGCCGAAAUCAGCUGUUUGCCCUUUCGUUCCUGUUGGCGUGUGUCCAGAUUCUGGACUUUCUGUCGUUCCAUCACCUGUUCGGGCCUUGGGCCAUCAUCAUCGGAGAUCUGCUCAAGGAUUUGGCUCGGUUUCUAGCCGUGUUGGCGAUUUUCGUGUUUGGCUUCUCGAUGCACAUCGUGGCGCUGAAUCAAUCGUUUCACAAUCUAAGUCAGGAUGAGGUCCGACGGUUACCUCUGUCGACGAGGAAUAAGGAAAUCUUCAGCGAUGUGCGCAUGAAUCCGAUUCUGUCCUUUGAACUGCUCUUUUUCGCUGUAUUUGGUCAAACCACCACCGAUCAAACACAAAUUGAUAAAAUGACCACGAAUACCCCGAGAACGCAGCCCUAUUGGACCGAGUACUUGUUCAAAAUUGUGUUCGGCAUUUACAUGUUGGUAUCGGUAGUUGUCCUUAUCAAUCUGCUCAUUGCUAUGAUGUCUGAUACGUACCAGAGAAUUCAGGCCCAAUCCGACAUCGAGUGGAAGUACGGUCUGUCGAAGCUGAUCCGGAAUAUGCAUCGAACUUCGACGGCCCCGUCGCCGAUGAACCUGAUUACCACGUGGUUCGUGUGGAUUGUGGAAAAACUGAGGGCCAAACUGGUCAAGAAGAAACGGCCGUCGCUGGUGCAGAUGAUGAACCUCCACCGGGGCCAGCAGAGUCCCCGCUCCAAAGCCGGUGCCAAAUGGUUGUCGAAAGUGAAGAAAGGUCAGGUGGCUCCAAAAGAUUCCACCGCUCUGUCCGUUAUGCACCUGUCUCCCCUUGGGUCGCAAGUCAGUUUCACCACUGUCAAUACGACCCGAAUCGAGAACGUUGCCGAUUGGGCGGAGAUUUCCAAAAAGUACCGGGAACUGGUGGGAAUCGAUUCCGAGGACGGCAGCAGCUCUAUGAAGGACUCGGAGGGUGACAACCGCUCGACGGCCAACGAGGGCAACAACGAGCAGAACCAGCAGCAGAUGGGCAACAACGUGAACGCCAAUCAGGUCUAAGCGGAGUUGUUUGCAAGGCCGGUGGACUGUGCAAUACGGAUCAGGCAGAGAGAGAGAGAGAUAUAGACGCAGCAACAAAAUGAUAGUUUUUUGUAUUCAAUCAUUGAUGGAUCAGAUUCAUUCGAGAAGGGAAAUAGAUGCAACCAUUUUGUACAUACAUUUGUCACAUUUGCUUGUAAAUAUAGGAAUAGAUUUGCUUAGAUUGAGCUAUAGCUUCAAGAUCGUACUUUUGGAAGUGUUUCUAAAUUUUGACUUUCAUAGUUUUAGUAGCUAACAUCAUCAACAAGUUAAUACGAAAUCGCUUAGGAUAUAAUAGGAAGUUCCAUGUACAUAGGGUCCGUUACGCGAAGGAAACUCGAUAGGGAAAUUUGUAAAGUUGCUGUAAAAAUGUACAUUUUUCAAAACGAGAUGGUUAUAAUAUAUUUUGUAAUUAAUUCGAAUAUGA